UAUAAAUAGAUAUUGCGGUUUAAAUGUUAAACAUAUGUAAAAAUAAUAAAAAAGUUUGAGGUACCAACUUAAAAUUAGAAUCCAUAAUGAAAAGAACAGGAAGGAUACACUGGGAAUGAAUCGGAUCAAAUUCCUCGUGGCGAUAUAAAGAGAUUUUUUUCUCUCUCAUUUUUAUUUAUUUAUUUGCUGACAAAAAAAACGAACGUUGACAAAUUCCAAAAAAAUCCAUUCUCCUCCCGACAAAGAUGAUGUUUUCUCCACCCAUUUUGGACGCGUUACAUAAUCAUGCCGCCCACCGUCCAUCUCAGCAUCGUAUAUAUUCUCCGCACCACAGUCCUAGGGAGAUGAACCUCAACGGGGGCAAAGAGCAUCACGUUGGCAACACCGGCGAAGCUAAUAAUCAGAACUGUUCAUUCUCCAUUCCGAAUUCGAGGUCUACGACGGCCGAUAAGAAAGAAAGCGUUCUUUCCAACCCUGCUAUCCCGCAUGGCUCACUUUUUCAUCACCCAUCCCCCGCUUCCGCCAUUUUUUAUGGGGGCCGCGGUUGGAGUGGGAGUGAAUCGUCCGCUUCGCCCCCGGUCCAUUCGGCCAGCAAUUACUCCGCCCUGGAAAAUAGUCCCUCCACCCCGAUCUCGAAUCAUAACUCGUCGACCGUGACGCACAACAAUUCUGGACUUGCGGCCACUUCCCAAAUCGUGGCACCCAAUGCCGAUAACUCGUACUACGACAAUUUGAAACGCAGCAAAAAAAGCGCUCAAAAACCUCAAGAAGAACUUUGCUUGGUUUGCGGGGACAGAGCUUCCGGUUAUCACUACAACGCCCUAACCUGCGAAGGGUGCAAAGGAUUCUUUCGGAGGAGUAUUACACGCAACAACAGCUACGAAUGCAAAUAUGGCGGCCAAUGCGAGAUGGACAUGUACAUGAGGCGGAAAUGCCAAUAUUGUCGCUUCCAGAAGUGUUUGGCCGUUGGGAUGAGACCGGAAUGUGUCGUUCCCGAAAAGCAAUGUAAAGCCAAACGCUUGGCCAAGGAGAAAAACAAGCCCAAUAGCACAACCGGAAAUAGCAAUUCCAACAUAAAUUCUAAUUGCGGAGGCACCACCGCCAACAGCAACCCCGGCCACAAUUACGCCAAUAAUAAUUCCAACUGUUCGUCCUCUACUUCUGCCGAUUGGUGCGCCUUGCCGGAAGGGCUCUCCCCAGAUCACCAAGAGCUCAUACGUAAACUCGUAUUUUACCAAGACCAAUUCGAAUUACCGCCCGAGGAGGAGGUCAAGAAAAUUACUCCCUUCUCAGAAUCCAAUUCCAUUACUAACGCCAUUUUUAGAUCCAAAAUGGCGGCUCCCAUGAGCUCCCCAGACGAAAUUAACUUUUCCGCAAAAAGCGAUGAUAACAGUACCAUAGAAAAUAUGAUGGACGUCACCGAAAGCGUUAUCGAUUCCCAUACGGAGAUGAUGAUAUCCGCUUCCUUGGGUGGUAAAGAUGAUAGCAUUUUUGCCAAAUUCCAACGAUUCUCUCACUGCACCGAACUAACCAUACUAGUGACUCAGUUGAUCGUAGAAUUUACCAAGAGACUUCCCGGUUUCCAAACCCUACUUAGGGAAGAUCAGAUCACUCUUCUGAAGGCGGCCGUUUUUGAACUCAUGGUUCUCCGUACCGCCCGACGCUACGACCUGGAGACAGACUGUGUCGUGUUCGCCAACAACGUUCCUUACACGCGCGACAAUUACAAAUCGGCAAAUAUAGGAGAGAUAUCCGAAGCCCAGUUCGACUUUUGUCGCAGCAUGGCCGUCAUGAAGGUAGACAACGCGGAAUACGCCCUUUUAUCCGCCGUCCUCAUCUUUUCUGAUCGACCCAACCUGAUUGAACCCGACAAAGUGGAAAAGGUCCAAGAAACUUACUUAGAAGCCCUGCGGAACUAUGUCGAGCUCCAGAGAGUCUACCACAAUAACCAUCUCAAUUCCAAUAGCGCUCUCGGCACCCUCUCCAACACUAGUUUGAACAAUAAUUGCUCCAGCAGUACACCCAGCGCGAUGCCAACAUCGAUGGCGCUGAGCCCUAGCAACAUAAAUAUCUUGGCACGUUUACUCAUGAAGUUGACCGAGCUUAGAACGAUAGCGUGUCAGCAUAGCGACAUGUUAUUUUCGCUCAAGCUUAAAGACCACAAACUUCCGCCCCUGCUUUCGGAGAUUUGGGACGUGAAACAAUAAUUGCAAAAAGAAUUUGGGGUGAGGAAUUUCUUCACCGAACCUGAUUGUUUAAGUUAGUUACCCCCUCUCUUUUGGUAGACAAAAUAAUGAUCAUUUUUUAAAAAAACGAAAUGUGAUAAAUUAGAAAUUAUGUACAUUUAUUUCAUUUGAAUUUUUUUUAUAUUUAUUUGGAAAAUUUACUAACCCAUGAUUGAAUUAUGAUUCUCCUUUUGGAAAAAAAAGUGAAGCAUUAAAAACAAAAAAAAACUUUAUAGUAUUAUAACAAAAAAACAGAAAAAAAUUAUUUGUUGAAAAUAUGUUUACCAUGAUUUAUUUGAAAAAUUUACUUUAUAAAUAUUUGUUUUAUAUAUAUAUAUUUAAUAUAUUUAUUUUAUAUAUAAAUUACUCCAUUUUUUUUAAUGUUUGGCGGUUUAAAAGAUGAUUUGCGACUAUGCGAUAUCUCCCCAAUCCAAAAAAUAAAUAAAUAAAUAAUGGUUUUAAAUAUUGUAUAUAUUAUAUAAAUAUAUAUAUAAUAAUGUAAUUUAAAUUUUAAUAAAACAAAAAAUCAUAUCAAUAUAAUAAGCACCAACGAUGAUGUAUUUAUAAUUGACAAAUUCUUCUUAUAUAUAUAUUCUUCGCUUUUUUUUAUUAUACUUUAUAAUAAUAAUAUAUAUAAAAUGUAUCUUAUAAUUUAAUGACAUAUACAUAUAUAUAUAUAUAAACGGUAAUCUAAUUAUCUCUGGGUUCAACCCGAGGAAUUAGCGAUGAACAAAAAAAACCGUAGCGUAGCGUAACAAUGUUAAAAAAUUUGUAUUAUUAACUCAUCAGUUAACGGUUUUGUAAAUUUACGGAAUUUAAAAAUGACAUAUUUUUUUUGGACUUUUAAUCUGGUUUAGAUUUUUUUGCUUCUACCUUUAUUUAUGAUAUUCCCUCCCUUCUCGCCUUUUUUUUUCAUCCUAUCAUUGCUGCAUAAUUUUGAAAAUAUUCUUAAUUUUUUAUAUAUUAACAAAAAUACGAAAAAAAAAUUUAAUAGUAUUAUCUUCAGAAAAAAUGAUUUCGAAGAAAUUUUUUUUGUUAAUUAUUGUUCAUUCUUUGGAAAAGUAUUAUAAAAAUUUAAUAUCAUAAUAUUUGCCAGUUAAAUUUGUUUAUUUUUUAAAUUAUUUAUUGGGAAAUCAACCAAUCACAAACCAACCAAUCUCAUCUAAGCAUUUUAUUUGAAAGAAAAAUAAUAAUAAAUAAAUCCAAAAAUUAUUUUAUUUUUUUUUUAAAAGGGGCUUAAAAUCGUAAUUCAUAAAGCCCACUUUUAUAAUUAUUUAUAAAAACUAAUUUUUAUUCAUUUUUUUUCUAUUACCUAAUCAUUGUAAUCUUUUAUAUUAUUUUUCUUUUUUUCCCCUAUUCACAUUCUCUCCGCAUGAAUUUUUUUUUAAUUAUAAGAGUAAAUAUACCGAUGUAAAAAACACAAAAUUAAAUAAAACUAGUUCUUUAUAUUAAAAA